AGGCAGGGCUCGUGUAUGAUCAACUGAGCUAACUAGUUUUUUGAAGAGUAAUGGAGGAAAUGAUAGCUGGCUAGAUAUUAAUAAGCAAGGUUAGGUUCGUAUCUGGCGACAGAAAUGUGCAGUAUCAGCAUGGCAGACAAAAAUGGCAAGAAAGGGAAACCUGUAGGCGUGAAGAGAACAUUGACCAAGAGAGAACAAGAAGAUCUGAAGAAAAAGGAAGAAGAAAAAGCAGCUGAAGUUUUUGAAGAGUUUUUAGCAUGUUUUGACAGUAACGACAAAAGUGGAGUGAAGACUUUUGUCCGUGGGGGUAUCGUCAAUGCAACUAAAGAAGAGGAAGCAGCAGAGGUUAAAAAGAGCAAGCUUUACCGACCAAUCACCAAGUUUACUUCAGUGUCCCAGAACAUCUCACCGGCACACUCUUCUGAAAUCAGAAGGCCUAUUGUUAAAAAGAAGACGGAAGAGAAGAAGAAGAGCAACCUUGAACUUUUUAAAGAGGAGCUAAAGCAAAUACAGGAGGAACGUGAAGAAAGGUACAAAAGAAAGACAAAUGAGCCUGGAGGAGGACAUGGAGACUUGGACAUACCACUAACGCGACGAUCAACUUUUACAUGUUUAGCUACAUAUGAACGUCUCCCUCCAGUAUUUGAUGAUGACCCAGCCAUACCGAACACAACCAACCUGUACAUUGGCUGCAUUAGCCCCAAGAUGAAUGAAGAAAUGCUUUGCAAAGAGUUUGGCAAGUAUGGUCCCCUGGCGAGUGUGAAGAUCAUGUGGCCCCGUAGUGACGAGGAACGCACAAGGGUCACAAAUAGAGGCUUUGUGGCCUUCAUGACCAGGAAAGAUGCAGAGAGGGCCUUGGCUGCUCUAGAUGGUAAAACGGUUAUGGGUUUUGAAAUGAAGCUGGGAUGGGGGAAAGCUGUUCGCAUCCCUCCCCAGCCACUCUAUACACCCAUAGGGGUACUUAAAAUGUCCACACCCCCACCCCCCUCCGGCCUGCCCUUCAACGCUCAGCCCAGAGACCGCUUCCGCAAUGACUUUACCAAGCCAUGGGGCAGGUCCAAGGAGGAGUUUGACAAGACUCUGUCCGAAGCUGUAGUCAAAGUGGUUAUCCCAACAGAAAGGAAUCUGUUAGGCCUCAUCCACAGGAUGAUAGAGUUUGUGGUGCGUGAGGGACCCAUGUUUGAAGCCAUCAUUAUGAGCAAAGAGAAGAACAAUCCUGACUUGAGGUUUCUCUUUGACAACAAAAGCCAAGAGCAUGUGUACUACCGCUGGAAACUCUACUCCAUUCUCCAGGGCGAGCCCCCCAGUGAGUGGAGGACGGCAGACUUCCGGAUGUUCCGUGGGGGCUCCAUCUGGAGGCCGCCCCUCCUAAACCCCUACCUCCAUGGAGAUGAGGAGGCGGGAGAGGAAGAGGAGUCUCCCUCCCUGGAGGAGGAGCUGCUGAAAAAGGGCCAGCUGAAGACAGAGCACAGGGAGAGACUAGAGAUGCUGCUGAGAGGACUCACCCCUCGUAGGGAGGACAUUGGUGAUGCUAUGCUGUUCUGUCUGGAGAGAGCCGAGGCAGCGGAGGAGGUGGUGGGGUCCAUCGCAGAGUCCCUGUCCCUCCUUCAGACACCACUGCAGAAAAAGAUUGCCAGACUGUACCUUGUAUCCGACAUCUUGUACAACUCCUGUGCCAAAGUUGCCAAUGCAUCUUAUUAUCGCAAAUAUUUUGAAGCAAAAUUGCCCCAGAUAUUUGGUGACAUUAGUGAUGCAUAUCGAAACAUACAAGCAAGACUACAAGCUGAACAGUUCAAGCAAAAGAUAAUGGGCUGUUUCAGGGCCUGGGAAGACUGGGCCGUAUACCCAGAGUCUUACCUGAUCCAGCUGCAGAACAUCUUCCUGGGUCUGAUCAAGGCAGGAGAGGAGGUGAUCGAGAGGGUAGAGGUGUCGUCUCCAGACCUGGAUGGAGCCCCGUUGGACGGGGCGCCGUUAGACGGAGCUCCACUGGACAACCUCGACGGCUCACCCCUGGCCUGGGACCCUGCCUCCCUGGAUGGGGUGCCUGUUGAUGACAUCGACGGGGUUCCCCUGGGUGCACCCAUGGAGGACAUUGACGGAAUGCCUUUGGAUGACCUGGCCCACUCAAGAGUGGCUCUAUCUAAAUGGGAGAGGGUGGACGAUGCUGACGCUCUCCCACAAGCUAACACUGAAUCCAAAUGGGACACUUUGGGAGAGCGAGACUUGGGGGAUGACCUGAAUGCCAGUGCUAACAUUAAGGGAGGAGAUGGGAAGUCCGAGGGUGACAGCAGCGAUGAUGACAGCCCCUCCAAGUACGACAAUGCUGACUUCAAGAGCUCCCUUAGCAGUUUUGAGAUGUCCGAAAGCAAGAGGAGCCGGCUGAGAGAGCUGGAGGUGAAGGUGAUGAAGUUCCAGGAUGAGCUGGAGUCUGGGAAGAAGCCCAGGAAGUCAGGGUUAAACAUGCAGAAACAGGUGGCGCACUACAGGAACAAGCUGUUGCAAAAGGAGUUUGAUAAGGAUGACAAGGAGAAGAGAGAGAGAUCCAUUCCGAAAUCAAAAGAGCGAUCAAAGAAGGAUGAGCGGAGAGACAAGGCGGAGGAGACCAGUAAAGGACGGGACAAGGAGAAGAGUAAAAGGAGUCAAGACCGGGACAGGGGACGGAGUAGAGACACAGAGGAGCGGACACACAAAUACAGAGGACAUUCUCCUGCAAAAAUCAAGUCAAAGUCUCCCAAGAAGUCCAAGCGGUCCCGGUCGCCCUCGCCAGUCAGGAAGACGUGGAGGAGGUCUAGCUCCCGGUCGCCACACCGCUCCCACAAAAAGACUAAGAAGAGCAAACACUGAUCCUGAGGCCUAUGCCUCUCCCCCUGAAGCAGCCAGGCGGCUUUCAUGGACUGCCCUGCUCCGCCACACGCUUCUUUCCCACAAUGCCUCUGAACUGCCUCUGCAGACCAACUGACAGCUGUUUCCCUCUGCAGUGAAGAUUUGGCCAUUUUUUUGUAAGAUGAACAUUGUUUGUACAGUUCUGUUUUCCCGUCAGGUUGUUUUUAAACCCCAUUCAGAUUGCGACUAGUUCCUGAAACAAUAAAUCACUCUUGGCAAUGUG